CCUUCAGACUCUCCCAGUCCGGUGGAAGCGCUCCCGGUCCCUGGUCGCAGUGCCAGCAGCAUCGCCCGUUCCCGCCUCGCAGGAUGCCCUGACGCCGGAGGCCGCAGCAUGCGCUGGACACGGCUGUGAGAAGCCCCGCUCGCUUCACCCUCCCGCGUCUGAGGGGCCGCCAUGGCCGCCGAGGGUCCCCGGUGCCGGCCGGUGAGCGCCGACAAGCUGGUGGCGUGGAUGGAAGGGGGGACGGAGAAGGUCCUCCUCAUAGACAGUCGCCCCUUUGUGGAAUAUAACACCUCCCACAUCCUGGACGCCAUCAACAUCAACUGCUCCAAGCUGAUGAAGAGGCGGCUGCAGCAGGACAAGGUGCAGGUGGCCGAACUGAUCCAUCACUCCGCCAAGCAGAAGGUGGAGUUGGAGUGCCAGGCACAGCAGGUGGUGGUGUAUGAUCAGAGCUCAUUGGACGUGGCUUCUCUUCCCUCUGACUGUUUCCUGACGGUGCUGCUCCGCAAGCUGGACAAGCUCUUCAGCAAUGUCCACCUACUAUCAGGCGGAUUCUUUGAGUUCUCCUCCUGCUACCCCGGACUGUGUGAAGGGAAGGCCUCUAUGGUGCCCUCCUGCAUCUCCCAGCCAUGUCUUCCUGUCUCCAGCGCCGGCCCCACGCGGAUCCUCCCUCACCUCUACCUGGGCUGCCAGAGAGACGUCCUUAACAAGGAACUGAUGCAGCAGAAUGAGAUCGCCUUCGUGCUGAACGCCAGCAACACCUGCCCCAAACCCGACUUCAUCUGCGACUCCCACUUCCUGCGGGUUCCGGUCAACGACAGUUUCUGCGAGAAGAUCCUCCCGUGGCUGGACAAGUCUGUGGAUUUUAUAGAGAAGGCCAAAGCCUCUAAUAGCCGGGUGCUGGUCCAUUGUCUGGCUGGAAUCUCUCGCUCGGCCACCAUUGCUAUAGCGUACAUAAUGAAGAGGAUGGACAUGAGUCUGGAUGAAGCCUACAGAUUUGUGAAGGAGAAACGACCGACCAUCUCGCCAAACUUCAACUUCCUGGGCCAGCUCCUAGACUUCGAGAAAAAGAUCAAAACUCAGGGUGAACAGGCGCCGCCCACCGCCGUCUGCAAACUGAAGCUGCAGCUGGGCUAUAGCGCCAACGAAAACCACCUCGCUCCCCCCACUAUGGAGGGGCACCAACCACAGAGUCCACUGCAAGCUCACCCUACCUCAGAAGAGCCACCGCAAGCCUUGUACCUCGAGGAGGCUCCGCUCCUGCAAGGCCUCAAUGGACUGCACGUGUCGCACAGGGAGGACAGCAAUAAAAUAAAGCGCUCCUUCUCCCUGGACAUCAAAUCAAUGUCUUACUGCAGCCUGUCCGCCGCAGCGUCACUGGUCUCCGCGCCGGAGGACAGCAAAGAGUUCUAUAAACCUGCAGCAUCCCUGGAGGGAGGUAGUAAGAUGUGCCAGUUCUCACCUGUGGAGGAGGUCUCCGAGCAGACGCCAGAGGCCAGCCCCGAUCGGGAAGAGGCAAAGAGGGUCCCGGAGAUGCCCGCCGGUUGCCGGCCCGCUGAAGACAAACACCGGCAGGCACAGCAGACGUCAUCUCGAAGCAGCUUCCUGUCUCAGCGCUCCUUGGCGGCACCCCUCUUCCGCAGCGGCAGCAUGGAGGAUCACCGCAAAACCAACUUCCUGUUCGGACUAUCCAGCAGCCAACAGCACUUGGCCAAGCCAGCGCUGGGCCUCAAAGACUGGCAUUCCGACAUAUUGGCGACCCGGGCCUCGUCGCUCACCGGCAGCUGGUACUUCACCUCCGACGCUCCGUCGCACUUCUAUUCCGCCUCCACGUUGUACAGCGCGGGGGCCUUCGCGGCCUACAGCUGCGGCCAGCUGCCCACGGACCCCUCCUGCGCGGUGCGCAGGAGGCCGAAGCCCUGCGCCCGUGGGGACUCUCGGCGCAGCUGGCACGAGGAAAGCCCUUUCGAAAAGCAGUUCAAGCGCCGCAGCUGUCAAAUGGAAUUUGGGGAGGCCAUGGUGGACAGCAGGUCCCGGGAGGAACUGGGCAAAGUGGGGAGCCAGACUAACUUCUCCGGCAGUAUGGAGGUCAUCGAAGUGUCUUGAGACCCGCCAAUCACGGGAUGGGGGAGGGUUAGGGAAUGGGAGGAGCCAGCAAGCUGGACUUCUCGGGUGUAAAAUUAAAUUUUAUUUUUGUGCUCAUCAUCUUGUUCCCUGUGAAAUCUGAAUGUUGUGUCUCGGGGAAACUCACUAUGAAAAAUGUACAGAAGCCAAAAUCUA